GGAGCGCUUCAGCCGUGGCAUCUCCCGUGGGACCGGGACCGGGUGUGUGCGCCAGCAUGGCCCGGAGACUGACCCCGAACCCCGGGUUGCAUGUGAUCAUGGUGCUCGCCCUCAUCGCGUGCAGCUCCCAGCUGCUGGUGGACGCGAACUCCUGGUGGUCUUUGGCCAUGAGUCCGAUCCAGAGACCGGAGCUGUUCAUCAUCGGCGCGCAGCCGCUGUGCAGCACGCUCACGGGCCUCUCGCAGGGCCAGCGCAAGCUCUGCCAGCUGUACCAGGACCACAUGGUCCACAUCGGCGAGGGCGCCAAGACCGGCAUCAACGAGUGCGCCUACCAGUUCCGCGAGCGCCGCUGGAACUGCAGCACCGUGGACAACAGCUCCGUGUUCGGCCGCGUCUUGCAGACAGGGAGCAGAGAGACGGCCUUCACCUAUGCGAUCAGCGCGGCGGGUGUGGUAAACGCGGUGAGUCGCGCGUGCCGCGAGGGCGAGCUCUCCACCUGCGGCUGCAGCCGAGCCUCGCGACCCUCUGACCUCCCGCGCGAUUGGCUGUGGGGCGGCUGCGGAGACAACGUCCACUACGGGUACCGCUUCGCCCGCGAGUUUGUGGACGCCCGCGAGCGCGAGAAGAACUACCCGCGCGGGUCAGCGGAGCACGCCCGCACGCUCAUGAACCUGCAGAACAACGAGGCUGGACGACAGGCGGUGUACAACCAGGCUAACGUGGCGUGCAAGUGCCACGGCGUGUCCGGCUCGUGCAGCCUGAAGACCUGCUGGCUCCAGCUGGCCGACUUCCGGCGCGUGGGCGAGUUCCUGAAGGAGAAGUACGACAGCGCCACGGCGAUGCGCAUCGGCCGACGCAGCAAGCUGGAGCAGGUGAACAACCGCUUCAACCCGCCCACCGCCGACGACCUGGUGUACAUCGACCCCAGCCCCGACUACUGCCUGCGCAACCAGAGCACGGGCUCGCUGGGCACCCACGGGCGCCUCUGCAACAAGACGUCGGAGGGCAUGGACGGCUGCGAGCUCAUGUGCUGCGGGCGCGGCUACGACCAGUUCAAGACCGUCAAGCACGAGCGCUGCCACUGCAAGUUUCACUGGUGCUGCUACGUCAAGUGCAGGCGCUGCACCUCGCUCGUCGACCAGUUCGUCUGCAAGUAG